GGCCCCCAUCCUCCGCCUCACCCCGGUACUGGCCCGUGGUUUCCCAGGGGAACAGGGAGAGACAGAGUCAUAAAAACCCAUGCUUUGGAGCCAGACAGGCUGAGUUUGCAUUCAGUUCUGUGACUCAGUUUCCUCGUCUGUAAAAUGGGGAUAACAGUGGAAGCUUCCUCCUAGGGUGGUUAUGAGGGUGGAAUGAGAUCUGCGCUUAAAGCGCAGCCCACAUAUACUAACAGUUCAUAUUUCCUGAGCACUUAUGUGCCAGGUUGAGAGAGGUGGUGACUUCCUGCGGGUGUUGCUCAGGCAGACGCACCCCCUCCCUCUGCCGUGACUUGACAAUCUCUGCUUCCAAGUCAUGCGUUCCACGGGGCAGGGUGGGACGGGCAGGCCGAGCGCAGUUCACGGAUGCCGGCUUUCCCGGGAGCCCCAGCAGAGAGGGGCAGCCCAGACCCCUUACCGUAAACAUCCAGUGGCGCAACCCGGGACAGGGGGUGGGAAGGGCUUCCCGAAGCCACCUGAAAGGGGCAUCCCCAGCCACGAGGCCCGUCUGAGGGCAGGGCUUGGUGACCUACACAGGGCUUUCAUGUUCAGUCGGGGGGUAGCAUUGCUUGGGGGUGUCAGGGGUGGCAUUGUUUGGGGGGGUAACCUCUGGGAGAUGAAAGUUAAUUCAAAGAGAUUUGGGGAUGCCCUGCUGUGGAGUGCCCCCCGUCUCUGACUUUCACUGAAGAGAUCUGGGGGGGUGUCUAAGUACCGCGGCCCCCCCAGGCCCUGAACGUCAGCUGAUUCAGACAGGCACGGGCUGCCCCGUCUGCGGAGUGCCGAGACUGGUGCAGUGGCCACAUCGCCACCCCUCACUUUCCUUCUGGCCCCAGGGGCUGUCCGGCUCAGUCCGGGAGGGGGUCCGAGCCAGCAGUGCCCAGGCCAGGGGGCUGGACCAGGUGGUGUGGCUGGGGACGGGGUGCUGGCCACCCUCUCCUGGCCCUCCGGGGCCGUGGAGGAAGGGGGACCGGACAGUCUCUCCUGGCUCAGCCCACGUUGGGCAGAAUCUGAUCUCCCCUGCGACUCUCAGCAGAAACAGGAAGACGGAGAGGCUGGGCGGGUGCGCGUGGUUGUGAGCAGACUCUAGGCGACUUCGACGGCUGCAUCGCCCACAGCCUGUCCACAAGGGGGAGCCCGAGCAAAACCCACGGGCCCUGAGCUGCCUGCCCAGCAUGACGUCGGGACAGCCCCUGCACGUGAAGACGCCCAUCCGCGAAAGCAUGGCCCUGUCCAAAGUGGCCGGCACCAGCGUCUACCUCAAGAUGGACAAUGCCCAGCCCUCUGGCUCCUUCAAGAUCCGGGGCAUCGGGCACUUCUGCAAAAUGUGGGCUGAGCAGGGCUGUGAACACUUUGUCUGCUCCUCGGCAGGCAACGCCGGCAUGGCGGCUGCAUACGCCGCCAGGAAAUUGGGCGUCCCCGCCACCAUCGUCGUGCCCAGCACCACGCCCGCCCUCACCAUCGAGCGGCUCCAGAACGAAGGUGCCACAGUCAAGGUGGUGGGUGAGACGUUGGACGAGGCCUUCGAGCUGGCCAAGGCUCUGGCGAAGAACAACCCAGGCUGGGUCUACGUCUCCCCGUUUGAUGACCCCCUCAUCUGGGAAGGCCACACUUCCAUCGUGAAGGAGCUGAAGGAGUCCCUGAGUGCAAAGCCGGGGGCCAUCGUGCUGUCAGUGGGUGGCGGCGGUCUGCUGUGUGGAGUGGUCCAGGGGCUGCAGGAGGUGGGCUGGGGGGACGUGCCCGUCAUUGCCAUGGAGACCAUUGGCGCCCACAGCUUCCACGCCGCCACUGCUGCGGGCAAGCUCGUCUCCCUGCCCAAGAUUACCAGUGUUGCCAAGGCCCUGGGCGUGAAGACCGUGGGAGCCCAGGCCCUGAAGCUGUUCCAGGAACACCCCAUUUUCUCUGAAGUUAUCUCGGACCAGGAGGCUGUGGCUGCCAUUGAGAAGUUUGUGGAUGAGGAGAAGAUCCUGGUGGAGCCCGCCUGCGGGGCGGCCCUGGCUGCCGUCUACAGCCGCGUGGUCCAGAAGCUGCAAGGGGAGGGGAAGCUCCGAGUUCCACUGCCGUCCCUGGUGGUCAUCGUCUGCGGGGGCAGCAACAUCAGCCUGGCCCAGCUGCGGGCCCUCAAGGAACAGCUGGGCAUGAAGAACGGACUGCCCAAGUGAGGACGCCUCACCCACGUGUCCCCUCCUGAGCCAGGAGACCCUGCAGGUUCUGGAGCUUUAUCCAGCGCCUUGCUGUAAAUAUUCUUGUUUGGUGGUGAGCCUGCGGCCCGGGCUGGCGGGUUAGCUUCCCAUCACGAGCCCACCGUGCACAGGGGCCAGCAGGUCGGUGCCAGUGAGGCUGAGUUGGGUCCUCGGUAUCUGUGACUGCUCUGUGCACGUCCUUGGCCACUCUGCUAGGGAGACAACCGCCCACAAGUGAGCCAGGUCCCCAGAGCUGGGUGGGUGGCAGGGACCUGAAUCACAGCAGGAGGGGUCUCCUGGAAGCAGUGACCCCGCCCCAGGCUUCCCCCCUGAGAAAGCGGACAGGGCCUCGGUCUGGGGUCGAGGAACCGUCCCGUCCUUCCUCCCAGGAAGCCCAACCUCCACCCUGACUCAUUUUUCUAAGGUGCAAACUUUUUCACUGAAAAAAAAAAAUUAUGUAUUUAUGAAAAAA